GGAUGGGGGAGAGGUUCUGGGGGGUGGUCACGGGAUGGGGAAUGGGGGGGGUUGGGUAGGGGGAGAAGGCAGAGGCGGGGCUGCAGGGAGCCUCAGAUUCUCAUGAGGGCCCCUGUGGGGCCCAGGCCAAAUUACCCCACUUGCCCCCUCGGGUGGCCCUGGAGCUCACAGCCCCCCUUACCUUGCAAGCAGCUGCUCAAAGCAGCAGGUCUGGGGAGCUGAGCUGCCGGCAGCUCAGCACGCUGCAGCUCUGGUGGAGCGGGGGGAAGUGGGGGAUGGGCCAGGGAAGGUCCCAGCUCAGCUGGGAGCUCAGGUGGGGGACAGGAUGGUCCCACGGGCCGGAUGUGGCCCACAGACCAGAGUUGUUUGCCCAGCCACCGGGCACUUUAACAGCUGGUUCUCCACCCACAUCUAAUUUUAGCAACUGGCUCUUGCAAACCAGUGCGAACCGGCUCCAGCUCACCGCUGGUUGUCACCCUCUCGCUCUGAUCCAGGGCCUGUUUAAUUAUUUAGCCAGAGUGGAGCAGCGUGAUCAGAAGAGAUUGUGGGAUCCUCACAUCAGAAUAUCCCAGACCCCCGUGGUUAGGGCAGUCACCCGAGCAGUGGAGAUCACUGUUCAAAACCUUCCUCCCCAUCAGGCAGAGCAGGGAGUAGAACCUGAAUCUCCCAUGUGCCAGGCGAGUGCCCUAACUCCUGAGCUCAAAGUCAUAAAGGAGCCUCUCCCAGCACCUCCCCUGGAUAUUGUCAGGGACCCCAUCCAGAAGGGGUGCUCAGCGCACUCCUACAGGAUUGGGCCUCACCAACAAGAGAGGCUUCCCCCUGCCUGCCUUCUGGUUUGAGGCUCCUUCUGGGACUUACACAUGAGGUAGGUGUGUGGACGCUUAGGGUGAGGCAGCAGCGCUCAAACUCAGGAACAGAGAAAUUUAGGAACCCUGGGAAAUUUUAUCAUAGAAAUGUUGGUGUUGAGUGAGUUCGGGUGUCUGCAGAGUUAGGGGCUGCCAGGCAGAGGUUUUCCGCAUUUCAGUGGAGCGGGAAGAGGUGGGGAAGGGGUGGAGUGCGGGCAGAGCAGGGGUCAAGCACCCCCAGGGAAAUUAGAAAGACAUCGCCUCUGGGCAUUGUUACUGGAGAGGAGUCUGGGGAUUCUCAUGGGCACAGUCAGCUGCAAGUGACAUGGGCUGAGGGAUCCAUCUCUCCAGCCUCCCCAUCACAGCUGCUGGAGAUCACUUCUAUUGGCCAAAAAUAACUGCAUGUCACAUGUAUCUAACUAAUGCCUGCAAUUCCCAGGCAAUCAGUUCACCAGUACAAACCUCAGCAUCAGUGAGAUCCUCUGCCUGAGCCCAUCCACGAGAACUGACAGCAUCUGGACGCCAUGAAACUGCAAGGCUGGUUAGAAGCAAAUUUACAACCAUAUGCCAUGGCUGCUGCAAAUCCAGCAAAAACUCUCCAGGAUGAACUGACCUGUUCCAUCUGUCUGGAGUAUUUUAAAGAUCCGGUGUCUCUAGACUGUGAUCACAAUUUCUGCAGAGCCUGCAUCACCCAGUUCUGGGAGGGAUUGGCUACCAAUGUCUCCUGCCCUCAGUGCAGAGUGACUUUUUCCCAGAGGAACCUCCGGCUGAACAGGCAGCUCAGGAAUAUUGUGGAAGCAGCCAGAGAACUCAGGUUGCCAUCAGGGAGGGAACCAGAACCAGAGAGACUGUGUGAGAAACACAAGGAGCCUCUAAAACUGUUCUGCAAAAAGGACGAAAUCCCCAUCUGCCUGGUGUGUGACAGAUCCAAGGAGCACAGAGAUCACACUGUCAUUCCUGCAGAGGAAGCUGCCAAAGAAUUCAAGGAAAAGAUUCAAGCCCAUUUGAAGAUGCUGAGGGAAGAGAGAGAAAAGCUGCUGGGAUUGAAAAUGAGAGAAGAGAAGAGAAGCCUGGAAUAUCUGAAACAAACACAAACCGAGAGGCAGAAGAUCAUGUCUGAAUUUCAGCAACUGCGGCAGUUCCUGGAUGAACAAGAGCGACUCCUGCUGGCCCAGCUGGAGAAGCUGGACAAGGAGAUUGUGAAGAUACAGAAUGAAAGUGUCAGUGAAGUAUCUGAGGAAACUUCCCAUCUCAGUAACGUGAUCAGUGAGAUGGAGGGGAAGUGUCAGAAGCCAGUGACUGAAUUGUUGCAGGAUGUCAGAAGCACUUGGAGCAGGUGUGAGAAGGGGAAGUUCCAGCAGUCAGAUGAGAUUUCUCCUAAGUUAGACUUAAGACUCAGUGAUUUCUCCCAGAAAACUGUUGCUCUAAUGGAGACUCUCAGGAAGUUCAAAGACACUCUGCCAUCUGCACUAGAGACAAAAAGAGGAGAAUCCCUAGGAACAUUCAGACAGGCGCAUGUGACUCUGGAUCCAGACACGGCUCAUCCCCAACUUGUCCUGUCUGAGGAUCGGAAAAGUGUGAGACGGAGGGACACACAGCAGAAUCUACCCAACAACCCUGAGAGAUUUGACUGUUGGGCCUGUGUGCUGGGCUGUGAGGGAUUCACCUCGGGGAGACAUUGCUGGGAGGUGGAGGUGAUGGAUGGGGGAGGCUGGGCUGUGGGGGUGGCCAGAGAGUCUGUGGGGAGGAAGGGACGGAUCAGCCAUAGCCCUGAGGUGGGGAUCUGGGCUGUGGAGCUAUGGGAGGGUCAGCUCCGGGCUCUCACCUCCCCUGUGACCCCCCUGCCCCUGAGCCGGGCCCCCAGCAGCAUCCGGGUUUGUCUGGACUGUGACCAGGGGCAAGUGACAUUUAUUGAUGCUGGUGACGAGGUCCCGAUCUUCACUUUCCCGCUGGGCUCCAUCCCUGGGAAGAGAAUCCACCCCUGGCUCUGGGUGUGGCUGGGAUCCCAGCUCACACUGUGUCCCUGAGCGGGGGCGGGGAGGAAUAUCUCAUUGGGGAACCAGACAUCAACCUUUCUAACCUCACACAACCCAGUCUCUAUGACCUUGGAGGACUCCUGUUUACCCAGCUCCUGGCUCCUCAUCUCUAUGACCUGUGGAAGCCCCUCCUCUUUCUUGCAGUCUCAAAGAUGGGAGGGGGAAGAAUCCCUGGGGCUGCAGAAGGGCCCUGAAGGGCUGAUGUGGGGGCUGGGCAGGGGGCAGGACUAACAGCCAGGCUGGGACAGGUGCAGGUGGGGGUGCA